GGAUCGCAACUUAGUCAAGCGCCGCGACUAUCAGAUACCCGUUGCUUCGUAAAUACAUUUUUAAUUAAUAAAUAUAUUUUAUAUAUAAUUUAAUUAAUAAAACAACAAGCAUUUUUCAGACUGGGCGUGGAAAAAAAACAUUUAUACGUACAAGCCGGACAUGUAUAAAGUAUCACUCUGCGGUCAAAUACUUUUUAUCGAAUACAAUAUGCUCUUUUACUCUACAAGUAAGGGGUAAAAAUAGAAUUCUCUCUUUUUUGCACAAUUUAGUCUCUAGGUUUUGUUGCUAAACAUUCAACAGUUCUAAAAACGCGUUGGAGGAAGCAAGUCCGCGCUCGAAUCGUUAAGCUUGGGAAAAACACAACAAUGGAGACCUCAAGAAAUAUUUUAGAUUUACCAUUGGAACUUUUACAUAUAAUAUUCGGCAAUCUACACGUACACGACCAAUGCUCACUGGCCUUUACUCAUCCAUAUCUUAGGCAGGCAUUUACUUAUCAAGCCGGAAAUCGAUAUACCAACAUUUUUCCCUCACUUCAUUUUAAGCCUUGGUCGCAUAUUUUGGCGAUUUGUGGCUCAACUGUUUUGCACAUUUCGGAAGAGUUUUUCAUUUUAGAAGAAUCCUUGAUGAGAACAAUUGAGCAGAACUGUACAAAUUUGCAAAGCAUCAGUAUCGGUAUAAACGAGAGCAACUGCAACAAGGUCAGAGCCUUCUUAAGCAACCUAAAAUCACUGAGGUCAGUAAAUUUGUGGAUAGAGUGUGUAGCGACGCCCAAACUCUUCAGGGUGCUGAGAAAAAUAAAAGAUUUAAAAGGUUUGGAAUUUCUUCGUUACGUUGGUCCUGAAGAAUGGGAAAUGUCCAGUUUCCUUGACUUGGAAUCACUAUCCAUUACUAUAAGUUCAAACAAAACACGCGUUGAUGUUUUGGUGUGGUGCCUUGCCUUGAAAAAUCUACGGCGUUUGAAGCUGGCUGGUUUCGAAGAAUGGCGAUCGAUUUAUGGUCCAAGCGAAAAUAUUGCCUUGGAGGAGCUUGUAUUAAAUGAUUGUGAUCCUACUUCAGACUGGCCACUUUUUCAUCAGCUAAAAACUUUGAAGGAUUGCUAUACAAGUUUGGUACGUUCACAUCACCAAUUUGCUUUAAAGCAUGCAAAGACCCUGGAAAAACUGGUGGUAAGCUACGUGUUAUCCGGAAAUGAGUUCUUUGAAAUAUUAUUAUGCUGCAAGAAUCUACGUUACCUUGAGAUAAAAUAUAUCAAUAUGCAAAUUAAUAAUGAGAAUUUGGUCACAAUCCUAGGCAUUUUAAAAGAGAAUGGUGUCACACGGCACAAGCCAUUUGAAAUUUUGCUUGAUCCAAUAAUGAGUUACGUUCUAGAUUUGGUAAGUACUUCAAACAUAACAAACGUCGUUUUCAUGGCCAUUUCCUUUUUUUACAGUUGGUGGGUAUUUCCGGUUCAGAAAUAAUUCGUUUUCGAAUAAAUAACUCCAAAAUAAAUGAAACAUUUAAUUAAUAUUAUACUGUAGAUAUGUUUUCGUUAUUAUUAUGGAAGUUAUACGUUAAGGAACACUCGUAUGUUUUAAU